GCCCAAAAUAUACUGCGGCAAAUUCGGUUAAGACGAAGUGUAUUUUUUCUGUUUAAACAAUAUUGAUGAAAGAUCUGCAAUUUUGUGUCCUCUAUGGUCUGCUUUGUAUUGAAACCAGUGCCGCGCUGUUCCAAAGGCAUUCUGAAUGGGGACUCACUCAGACUUGUUCACCUUGGGACCUUUCAGCAGGAAGCCGCUGAAGGAACAGGUGACACCACACAAGAUGUCUGUGAUAGUUUUGAUUCAAGAAUACUGCACAAUGAAGAAAGCAGAAUUGCCAACCUUUUCAACGUCUGAUGAUAGCAGUUUAGAGAUUAAGUUCACAGAGAAAGAGAAGAGAAAUUUUAUGAUAACUGUACUUCAACUGUUACAGACAUCUGAUGUAACACUCAAGGAACUUUGUAUGAAGAUUAAAGACAAGAUGAAACCAGAGCUGUAUACGAUGUUUUUGAAAAAGUUAGAGGAGUUUAUUGAAGAAGGAGUAGGUGCUAUAAAGGAUUAUUUCCAAAAUAUAACAUUCCUAUUGAUGCCAGACACUCAGGAACAGCCUGUAAUAACAAAAUCAAGUGUGCUAGGUUUAUUUAUCAGAAGAAUGAUACUGGCCUUUGAGAAACUGUCGUUCAGUCAGAUGACGGACCUGCAUACCAAGUUUCAGCGUUAUUUCGAGACUGCAAACCUUCAGAACGGGUAUGAGGAUAGUCAGGUGUUCGGUGGAUCACUCACUGACUCGGCAAUGAGCCUGUCUGGGGUCAGAUUCAGUAGAAUGGGCAGGUCAUUGGACGCGUUCCAGCUUACAGCAGAUAGGAAACUUACUGAAGAUAUUGGAGGUUUCAAUUCUCAGAGACAAGCAGAAUAUUUCAUUUUGCAACAGGUGUUUCUGUUACAACAUAACCAGAAAGAGGCUCUGUCUCCUAGUGACCUUCAGGAUAAAAUUAUGGACAUGCUGAAAGCAAAUCCUGACAUGGCUGAGGCGCAUUUUCUUAGUUACUUGAACAGCCUGAGGGUGAGAGAAUAUUGUACAGCUCUACAUAAUCUGUUUCACUACUUUGAUCGCAAGACAUCAUUUUCUGUGGACCAGAAUCAACCCCAACAAGGACAAAAUAAACCCAAAGAUGAUGAAGUUCACAGAAGAUAUGCUGCACUUAAUUUAGCAGCUCUACAUUACAGAUUUGGUCAUAAGGAAGAAGCAAAAGCAGCUCUAAGGGAAGCUAUAGGAAUGGCGCAAGAUACAAAUGAUAAUGUUUGUCUACAACAUGCUUUAGGCUGGUUGCACAGACUUAGCGAACAAGGAACUGCAAGAACAGAAAAUCUAUUGGAAAGAGCUGUUGCUAAGAGCAAUGAAUUGAAUCUCCCGAAUCUGACGUCAAUAGGUAUUCAGGCUUAUGCCAGACAUAAUGCAUUUGCUACUGCUAAACCGUCACAAGUAUUUGAGUAUUUACAGAAGAGCGAUGUGUUAAACUGUCAACAUUCCCAGUCUGGAUUUAUGUGUACAAGUUUUGCUAAUAAAGCAGCACUUUGGCAGAUGUAUGGAAAAAGAGAAUGUAUGUCAAUGAUGAGCCAGCUUAUUCUGCAUUUAGACACAACUGAAAGUGGUGUGUACUUUAAUGGAGAGUCAGUGUGUAUUGCAUUGUGUAAUAUAGCCAGACUUCAUGCAGACAGUGGUCAGUAUGGUUUAGCUCUAGAUCUUAUAAACAGUGCUAAGAAGAGAUUUCCUAAGAACAGCCUACAUGCAGAGAUCUGGAUGGCUUGUGAGCAGGAAAUUCUAUUUGACCGGACUAUACUUAACCGUAAAUUUGGUGUAACAGAACUGGCUGUUCUUAAUCUCAAAGCUUUUAAUCAACAUGAAUCUGAACUAAGAUGUGCCAUAUUGAACAAAGAAAAAGGGGAAAUCACUCUAGCAUUACAGCAGUUUCUCCAUCUUUUGGAUAACUGUAACUUGCAGAAGGGAGAGAACUCUGUGUCCUCGGACUUCAGAUGCAGAGUGUUACUGGCUUUAGGAGAGUUGUACAGUCAAACUGGAAAUCCCACCAAUGCCACAACCUAUAUACUGGAAUGUAUAACACUGGCAAACAAACAUCAUUUAGAGUACCUUGGUGCUACUGCAUCUGUUCAACUGGCAUAUAUACAGUUUCAGAUGCAGCUACCUCAGCAAGCAGUCUCAAUUCUAACUAAGAAUAUGUUACCUAUACUGUCACAUGGUACAGUCAGUGAUCAAGGGAAACUACUCUGUUGUUACGCAAAAUGUCAGGUUGCCAUGGCAGCUAAAUACAAUGAAAAGGAGAGGAAAGCAGCUUUGUUAGCCAGUGUGAAUCUGCUUAACACAGUUAUAGAUCUGUACCAGUCAGCAGAAGCUUUCCUUCGUGUAAAAGACACAGUGUAUUAUCAGGCCAGACUUUAUCACGAACUCGGCUAUUUCACAGAACGAAACAAAUGUUCCCAUCAAUUCAAACAAUUAGAUUCUCAGUACCCUACUCUUAGUCAAAUGUCAGUGAAUGUAUUAUGAAACUGUUGAUUGUUAUAUGUCUCUUUGAAUAAAAUAGAAAAUGAAAAUUUUGUAAAAUUC